GAAAGAGGAAUAUCUGGCGGGAAAAAACACAGGGAAUAAAGUUUGAAGUUUCUCCUCCUCCUUCUUCUUCUUCUUCUCGUUUCCUCCGUGUAACGAGAAAAUUAAAAACGUGUUUCCGUUAUUGUUAACGAGCUCCAGACACGUUUUUCCCCCCGUGAGGUCAAGAAUGGCACGGCUUAUUUUCGUUUUAUUACCUCUACGGGCGCUCGCGUAUACGUACAACGCGCGCGUUUUUUAAAAGUAAUUAAGACCUGGCCGGUUACGGCGUUAAUUACGGUAUUAUUCGAUUAACCGGAUUGGCAGUAAACGGUUUUUCUCCUCCUUCCUACAGGUGCGUCGACAGCGUAAACAUAUACCGGAUGGUUCGAUACACAGAUGGAAGAUGGACUAUUGCUGAUGACGUUUCGGUGAAGUUUAAUCAUCAUUGCUAUCAUCAUCAUCAUCUGACAUUUCGUGAGAGCUGAGCGUCGACGCGAACGCUUUGUAGGAGUACAGUGAUGUAUGGAAGGGUGGUAAACGGCGAACGUCCGACGUUCGGCCUGUACUUUCGUUUCCAACGAACUUCAUUCAGUUUCAUUGUUUUUCUCAUCGUGGCCAUCACGCCGUUAACGCAGGUGGAAUCUUUAACUCAGGAAUACGUAUGCAAUAAUAUCGAUAUCAGGAAUUCAGUUGCCCACUUUAGGAAAUUAGAAAAUUGCACCGUGGUGGAAGGUUACCUUCAGAUACUGUUACUAGACAACAGCGACGAGAAGGACUAUGAAAAUCUCUCGUUUCCUAAACUGAGAGAGGUGACCGGAUAUCUGCUCUUGUAUCGGGCAUUCGGCUUGCGCUCGCUGGACAGGCUGUUUCCCAAUCUGGCGGUCAUCCGAGGAUACAUUCUGUUCCACAAUUACGCAUUGGUGAUAUUUGAAAUGUUUCAGCUGAAAGAAAUAGGGCUGAAGAGUCUCACCAACAUUGUCAGGGGAUCAGUCAGGAUAGAAAAGAAUCCGAGUCUCUGCUACGUGGACACUGUCAAUUGGGACAACAUAGCGAAAGCCGGAGCGGGGAAUCAUUUCAUCAAAUCCAACCACAAUCCUAGAGACUGUCCUAAUACCUGCACUGGAACCGGAACUGGAGGCUAUCAUCUUGCGGUGGAAAAUCCAGUCGGCAACACCAACAACGAUCGUGCAGCUUAUUGUUGGAAUGCACAACAUCCUCAGAAGAUCUGUGGUAGCGAGUGUGAGAAUAAAAAUUUGACCUGCAUGCAAACCAACGCCAGUCACUGCUGUCAUCACGAGUGUCUAGGAGGAUGCACAGGAACUGAAGCUACCGACUGCAUAGAAUGCAGGCAUGUUUUGUUUCAGGGUAGAUGCAUGAGAGAGUGCCCCAUCAAUACGUAUAAGUAUAAGAACAGAAGAUGCGUGACCGAAAGCGAAUGUAGGAAAAUGCCCAAAGAUAGCCUAUAUAAUUCCAACGAAGAUGAGCUUAUAUAUUGGAAACCGCUGGACGGAGAGUGCAGACCAGACUGUCCCCAAGGAUACAAUGAGCACAAAACUAACAAGCACUAUUGUGUAAAAUGCAAAGGUCGUUGUCCAAAAGUCUGUCCCGGAGGUAUAUUGACCAACGUUGCAUCUGCUCAGAGGCUCCGAGGAUGUACUCACAUCAAUGGAUCUCUAGAAAUUCAAAUUCAAGGAGGAUCUAACAUAACUGCAGAAUUGGAAGAGAACUUGAGGGAUGUUCAGGAGAUCAGUGGUUUUUUGAAAAUUGCUCGUUCUUUUCCUCUCGUAUCCCUCAACUUUUUGAAGAAUUUGGAAAUGAUACGAGGGGAGAACUUAGAAAUUAAAGAUUAUUCGUUUCUUGUUCUGGAAAACGAAAAUCUGAAAGAGCUUUGGGAUUGGACAAACAAGCCGAAGACUUUAACGAUUCUAAAUGGGAAAAUAUUCUUCCACUUCAAUUCCAAACUCUGUUUGAGUAAGAUCAACGAUCUAAAAAAAUACGCAAACGUGACAAUGGAUUGGGAUGAUAGAGAUGUGUCACCAAGUUCCAAUGGAGAUAGAGUGGCCUGUGAUCUGUCGGAAAUGAACAUAACGAUCUUGGGAAUGACAAGCACUAGUGCAGUAUUCCAGUGGAUGAAUUUCAGACAUUCGAUGCUUGACCGUAGAUCUCUCCUGGGUUAUGUUAUUUAUUACCGAGAAGCACCGACAAUGAAUGUUUCCAUGUACGAUGGUCACGACGCUUGCGGUUCGAACAUAUGGAAGACGGCAGAUGUAGAAGCUCCACAUAACAAUAAGAGCAUUGGUUAUCUGCUUACCGGUCUCAAACCUUUCACACAAUAUGCUCUCUACCUAAGAACUUAUACCACCACUUCUGGCCAGAAGGGGGCACAUAGCAAGAUUAUAUAUUUUGUAACUGAACCCGACACUCCCAUGUUACCAGUUUCUCCGGAAGCACAUUCUAAUGGACACAAUCAAAUAAUUAUUAAAUGGAAACCGCCCAAAAAGCCACAUGGAAACGUCACACACUACAUAGUGGAGGGAAACAGGGUGGCAGAAUCCCAAAUGUUUAUCAAUCAACGAGAUUACUGUUUGGAACCGAUAACUUAUUUAGAUUUGAAGAAGUCACCAUUCGAUGAUCUUGAAGAUCGUGGCAAAGAACGUGCCGCGAACGACACGGACUACAGGCAGGAGGGCAAAGGUUCUGAGAAAUGCUGCCCCUGCAGCAAGACUCGGUUGUCUUUGUCCGAAGAGCACGAGGAUGUAGAGUUCCAAAUCCAUUUUGAAGAUUUUCUUCAAAACACUUUAUACAAAAAAAAUCCACAGUCUGUAAUGAGAGAGAAAUCUCGAAGUAGACGUUCGCUCCGUCCAAAUAAUGGCAAGCCGAAUAAAAAUCAUUUACUUGCCACUCCUCCGGUGCCGGACGACGAGAGAAGAAAUGGAAGCGUUGGCAACAACAGUUAUCCCCCCAGCAACAUCCCGGACAAAUUUCGGAAAGUGGUUUAUCACAAUACUUACCUCAUCGUCAACGGUUUGCAUCAUUUUACAGAAUAUACGAUAGAGAUAAUAGCUUGCCAAGAGGAGGGUAAGAAAGUACGCACGAGAUCACUUUGCAGUUCCAAAGCCCUUACGACCGCAAGAACGCUCAAGUUAGGUGGAGCGGAUGACAUAGAUGCCAAUACAAUUCGGGUGAAGACUGAAAAUGCCACGUCUGGUAGCAUAUACAUUAAAUGGGAAGAGCCAAAAGAUCCCAAUGGGCUUAUAGUCUCAUAUUCUAUAGAAUAUAAGAGAAUGAAUGUAGAAAAUUAUAAGCCUGAGGCGAUUUGCAUCACGCAGCUGCAGUAUCGACAACUCAAUGGAUCAAUUUUGAACGAACUUCAUCCCGGAAACUACUCUCUCAGACUGCGUGCCACGUCUCUCGCCGAUAACGGAAACUGGACUCUGCCCAUCUAUUUCCAAAUACCGGAAACCAAAGGAAACCCCACCAUAAUGGCCAUAUUGAUAGCAUUACCCAUAAUUUUGGGAGUUGUGCUUCUGUCUGCUGUCGUCAUCGUGGUUUUCAAGAAAAGAAACGAAGCUAAUCUACUAAAUGCCACUAUUUAUGCUUCGGUUAAUCCGGAAUAUAUGAGUGCAGUGUAUGAACCGGAUGAAUGGGAAGUUCCAAGAGAGAAAAUAGCUCUCCUUAAAGAAUUAGGUCAAGGCUCAUUUGGAAUGGUCUACGAAGGAGAAGCAAGAGAUCUAGAAGAAGGGAAGCCUGUUAUUAAAUGUGCAGUAAAGACUGUUAACGAAAAUGCAACGACUAGAGAAAGAAUUGAAUUCUUACAAGAAGCUUCGGUGAUGAAAGCGUUCAACUGUCACCACGUCGUUAAGUUAUUAGGAGUGGUUGCUAAGUGUCACCCGCCCCUCGUCGUCAUGGAGCUGAUGGCCAACGGUGAUCUGAAGAGUUAUCUACGGUCACACAGGCCCAAUGUUGAGGUAAGCAUUUUGUUACGAAAUAAGAAUGACUUACUGAUUACUUAUCUUUUACGAGCAUUUUGUUUCGUUCAGGAUAAUAACGGUUUUCAGCCACCGACUCUAAAGCAAAUUUUGCAAAUGGCCAUUGAAAUUGGAGAUGGAAUGGCUUAUUUGGCAGCGAAGAAGUUUGUCCAUCGUGAUCUGGCUGCCCGAAAUUGUAUGGUGGCAGAGGAUCUUACUGUAAAAAUUGGUGAUUUUGGUAUGACCAGAGAUAUAUACGAGACGGAUUACUAUCGUAAAGGUGGAAAGGGAUUAUUGCCGGUGAGAUGGAUGGCUCCGGAGUCGUUAAAAGAUGGUGUUUUUACGAGUCAGUCUGACGUCUGGUCAUAUGGUGUAGUAUUGUGGGAGAUGGCCACGUUGGCAUCUCAACCCUAUCAGGGUUUGUCCAAUGAACAAGUUCUGAAAUAUGUUAUCAAUGAUGGUAUAAUGGAAAAGCCCGAAAAUUGUCCAGACAGACUAUAUGCACUCAUGAAGCUUUGCUGGGCUAAAAAUCCCAAAGCUCGUCCAACCUUCACCGAACUGAUUGAAAUUUUGCUUCCUGACGUUAACGAACGCUUCAAGAAAGUGUCAUUCUACUUCACGCAGUAUCAGCAGAUGUGUCUACAAGAAACUGACGUGGAUCAAGUAGACACCGCCACUCCCGCCACUCCCUUGAAGUCACAGGGAGCCUGGGACGAGUCGUCACUUGCAAGUCACGACAACUCAGACGAGGAAAUGGACAUCAGAUAUUUCCCCUCUGUCAAAAUUGUCCAGGACAAAGAAAAAAAAACUCUACCGCUUGAUACGUUGGACAAAGAAAGUGUCGAGGAAUCUAAUUGUAGAACAGAUCAAAGCAGCGAAGAUAAUAGCAAAGGUUUGAGUAUUCAUUCCAAUGAAGGUAGCAAAGGGAUAUCCGACGACAGCAAAAGUAGUAAAGUCAGCAAUCUUUCCAACGGCAGCUUAGCCAACGGCAACAUACCAUAUCCUGCAGGCAGGACGAGUGUAUGCUGACGACAGACCUUAUUCCGUCGAGCAAAGCCGAGCAUCGCGGACACUUCUCUCGAAGCGCACCGUCCGAGUCCUCUGGAGAGAUCUUCCGAAGACCCCGGCCGCUAGGGAGUUGCCUCAAAAAGCAUUAACGAGCAAAUAAUGCAGUUUCCCAUAACGGCCAAAUGGGAUUCCAUAUUGGAAUGUACAGAUACGAUGUAUACAUUGCUGUAUUAUUUAUAAACCCUCCCCACAUUGUACAGAAACAAAGCAUCUGCAGGCCAUUUAGGAAUUUAUAGUAGAUAAUGUCCAAGACACAGCACUAAAAAGGGAGUACCCAUAGAUUCCAGAGCCUGUAAAUAGUUAUUUGUAUUCAUAAUUCACUCAGAGCAGCAUUUCUUAAUAAUUUAUCACUCAGAGAUUAGACCAAAAUUACAAGUUGGGAUAUAAGCACUUGAGAGUUACAUUCCCUGCACUUUAUGGUAAUUUAUUGGAUACUGUACCUUCGAAGAAAGUUAGCUUUUGAUAUUUUUUAAAACCUUAAACAUUUUAUUGUUGUUUUUUUAAACUUUUUUUUUUAAAAUCAGAUUGCUCCAACAUAGCAUAAGGACCAAAAAACAAAGUCAAUAUUUUAAUUCCUUUUUUUCUCCCAAUCGUUCUGCCGGUUUUAAUUUUCUUCCUUAAUAACGACAGCAGUUUUGCCGGUUUCUAGUCAACUGCAGUCAUAACGUACACAGAGAGAGAAAAGGAAAAUUAAUUUUUUUAGUCAGAUGCUGCUGAUAUGCGCUUCCAAGUUUUGUUUUGAUAUAUAUUCUGAAGGAGAAACAAUCCACACACACACACACACAAACACACACUCACACUAUUGGUAGUACUUAACCAGAUGAUUCUGGAUUUUAUAUAGAAGAUGCAACAAAGGGCUGUGAUUGUAAUAUGUGAUGUUCAGUUCGUUUUGAUGUUGAUGAUGAUAUUUUGUGUAUGAAGUGUUGUAAAAAGAGAAUAUCCCCCAACUAACAAAUUCCAAUGAACCAAAAUGUUUUGAAUUUUGUUUUCCCGAAAAUAAAGAGCACGAUCAAAAAGUAACCAAAUAAAUUUCGUGAAAACGAAUGCUACAAAAAGAAAAUCAAACGCUAAUUCUUGCAAUAAUAAAUGAAUAUUAAAUAGUACAAGUUGAAUCUUGGCCCCCUUUUUUAAAUGGUUACUUUUUGAUUGCCUUGUAUUUUUUAUGAUGGAAAUUUACGUUUUUUGAUCUGGAUAUUGAUUCUAUUUUUUAUCGUCAAACGUUUUGUAAAUGGGUACUACAGUUCUGACAAAAUACAUAGCAUAGAAAAAAAAAAGAGAUACUCCAUCUGACAAUACUUUGCCUGUAGAUGUAAAUGUAUAAUUUAAUAUACCUUGUGUUCAUUUGUACAUAUUUAAUAUUCUGUGUAGAUAUUUUGAGGAAAUAAUUAUGUACACAUAAAGUGCCAAUACAAAUAUAUACUUCACAGAAUUCUUUUAACAUUGUGAAUUAUUUUUUAAACUGUUCACAUUUUGCCCUCUGUUUUUCCUGUACACUUUGUGUUUUCCCUAGAGAUAAUAUACAUGUCAAAUAAAUUAUUAGUUUGGCAA